AUGUCGCCGUUGGCAGUUGCCAUCUCAGUCCACACCAAGCCUGGUUCUAAGGUCGCCACCAUCACAGUACUUGAUGAUGAGGCCGUCAUGAGGAAACAACUCCACGAGGCGAGAGAACAGCUCGUGAGACAAAGGUAUGAGCUUGGCUGCCAGCCUGCUAACACCAAAUUGUCUAGCAAUAAGACAGUGAGGAGGACUCUUGUGAAGAGCGCCAUUGUACAAGUUGAUGCUGCUCCAUUCAAGCAGUGGUACCUCACUCACUAUGGAGUGGACAUCGGUAGGAAGAAGAAGGUGCAUGUCGCUAAGAAGGAUGACACUGAGUUCUUCAUAUGCCAUUUUUACCACCGUGAAUUUUACCGUUGCAAGAUCAUGGAUAAGCAUUUGAAGACCCUUGCCCCAAUCUACGUGGGAACAAAAUUCGUCAAGCUUGAUGUCGAAAAUGCUCCAUUUUUUGUGGCCAAACUGGCAAUCAAGAUACUGCCAUGUGUAAUAUUGUUCAAGAAGGGUAUUGUUGUUGACCGAUUAGUUGGGAUUCAAGAUCUCAGAAGUAAAGACGAUUUUCUGACAAGAGCAUUGGAACAUAUUCUUAUUCUCAAGACGAAAGGGAUAAUCGAUGAGAAGAAGAAAGAUGAUGACGAUGCCGAUGAAGAAAGCGAGGCUAAUAAUAGGAGGGUUAAGUCCUCAACUGCUAAAGACUCUGACUCAGACUGA